AUGAGUACUAAAAAUGAUAAGCUAAUAAGCAACAGUUCUUGUGUCAAACUUAAUAUCAAAGAGCGUGAAUCCGAUAAAGCUAGUUUAGAGAAACAAGUCAAAGACCUUAAGAACCAGGUUCUUGAGCUUACUUUUGAGAAUGAGAAGUCUUCUCAUAUACAUGGCAAAAGAAAAAUGAGUGAUCUGCAGGAUAAGGUUGAAAAGGAAUUAAAAAUUGCUAAUGAUGAUCUUUGUGAUGUUGAACGUAGAAAUAAAGUCCUGCAUGAAAACCUAGAAAAUGCUAAUGAACUCUCUAGACUAAGCAAAUGGCGUAGAUCUUCUGAUGCCUUGAAUUGGCUGAGUGAAAAUUGUACCUCUAUCAAAUUUGGAAUUGGCUACAGAAAACCUAUCCCUAAGUUUGACCUAAAAAACACCUUUGGUAUUGCUAAAAAUAUGAAGAAGGAAGAGGAGCCAAAGGUUAAUCCUCCUGUCCAUACAAAGUGGAUUAAGGAGACUGGGACAUGCCAGACUCUCUCAACUCAACAAGUUGACACCAAAGGACUUGAUCCUUGGCUACCUAAAGUUGAGUUCACCUCUGACAAGGAUGAAGAUUAUGACAUAGGAUUCAUUGGUGAUGGAGAUACAAAGGAAUCUAAUGAAGAUGGAUCUGAAAACCACAAGGAAAUUGAUAAUGAUCAUGAGGAACAAGAAGAAGAGAGAACUACUCUAACUACUGACCCGACUAAUGAAGCCACACCUACUGAACCUGCUCCUUUCGGUCACUUCUCAGGUUUUCAUGUUGACAGGAAAAGCACUUCAGGAACAGCUCAUUUUCUAGGUUCUUGUCUAGUGUCUUGGAAACCAAGAAGCAAAACUCAGUGGCCUUAUCUACAACUAAGGCUUAAUAUGUGGCAGCAACAUCCUGCUUUAACAAAGAUCAAAGCCACUCCGAGAAAAUCUAUCCAGAAAGUGCCUGAUCCUUCUACGCAGGGUGACACUGUAGCCAAGGAAUCUGUGCUUCAAGGGGAAUCAAUGCUAGUCACUAUUGAUCAGAAAAGGUGUAGGGGUCUGGAGAAGGAGGUCGAUACAACGACUAUGGAGCAUGUGGUUGAGGGGGAAGGAAGUAAAGAACCUGUGCAAAAGAAGGCUUCUGAUGGCCUUUCGAUUACCAAUGAAGAAGAAAAGAGUGAGAAUGAGGGAACAUCUGGAGGUGAGAAGGAGAGUGAUACAGAGGAUAAGACAGGUGAACAAGCUAAUGAUUUUGUAGAAGAAGAAAAUCAUAGUGAAGAAGAGGAGGUUUUUGAAAGUAAGGAUAAGGAUCAAGAAAAAGUAAGUGAGAGUGAAGGAGGUGCUGAAGAUAGUGAGGAAGAAGAGGGGAAUGUGAGUGAGGAAUCAGAAGGUUCCAUGACAAUUGGAAAGAAUGUCAUAACGCCUUCAGAAGAAACUGGUGAAGAGACAAGGGCUCAAGAACCUGGGUCUCUAUUAACUCCUUUCACUGGAGAUGAAGAAGUUAGCAGUGAUAAAGAUGAUGUGCCACUAUCUGAGGUAGGGAAGAAAUCCAGGAAGACCCAUGUGAAAGCUACAAAGUCAGUAGUCUCAACAAGGAAAUGA